GCUCCCUCAUUCAUCACCUCGUCCUUCCUUUAAAUCCCAGUAGGGAUUCCGAUAUUUCCCACAGCACGUAAAGGCAGCAUUGGUGAGAAGUUUAGAGACGCCGCGUCGCUCCGAACAAACAACUCAGUGCGGAACAAACAAAAAAAGUGAGGGUAAACAAAUAUGAAACGUCCCGGAAAUGUAUUAACAGCGACUUUAACAACAUGUAUUCUUCUACUUUGCGUGUGUUCAGUCAGAGGUGACUACUGCGAAGUGAACGUUUGCCUUAACGGAGGAACAUGUGUGACAGGGAUAGGAGAGGAUCCAUUCAUCUGCAUCUGUGUGGAUGGUUUCGGUGGAGACACCUGCAACCUGACAGAGAUAGGACCCUGCAGUCCUAACCCCUGCAAGAACGAUGGGUCGUGCGAGAUCAUUGCUCCGACCAGACGGGGAGAUGUUUUCAAUGAGUACGUCUGCAAGUGCCAGCCCGGCUUCGAGGGAGUGCACUGUCAGAUCAAUGUGAACGAUUGUGCCAACCAGCCCUGUAAGAAUGGAGGGAUGUGCCGAGAUCUCGAUGGAGACUACACCUGCCAGUGCCCCUCGCCAUAUGUGGGAAAGCAGUGCCAGCUACGUUGCAUUUCUCUGCUGGGGAUGGAGGGAGGAGCAAUCGUGGAGUCCCAGAUUUCAGCUUCCUCUGUGCACUACGGCAUUCUGGGCCUUCAGCGCUGGGGUCCGGAGUUGGCUCGACUCAACAACCAAGGCAUCGUCAACGCCUGGACAUCAGCCGUCCACGACAGGAACCCCUGGAUCGAGAUUAACAUGCAGAAGAAGAUGCGUCUGACGGGCAUCAUCACUCAGGGGGCCAGUCGCAUGGGCACAUCUGAGUACAUCAAGGCCUUCAAGGUGGCAAGCAGUUUUGAUGGAACCCUUUAUACCACUUACAGAGCAGAUGGACAACGAAGAGACAUGGUUUUCGUGGGCAACACAGAUAACGACAGCACAAAGACCAACCUCUUUGACCCUCCCAUCGUGGCCCAGUACAUCCGUAUCAUCCCUGUGAUCUGUCGCAGGGCCUGCACACUGCGCAUGGAGCUGGUGGGCUGUGAACUCAAUGUUUAUUCAAACACGGCAGGUUGCUCAGAGCCUCUGGGAAUGAAGUCUCGCCUCAUCUCAGAUGGGCAACUUUCAGCCUCCAGCUCUUUCCGCACGUGGGGCAUCGAUACCUUCACGUGGCACCCUCAGUUCGCCCGACUGGAUAAGCAGGGAAAGACAAACGCCUGGUCUCCUGCACAUAGCAACCGCUCAGAAUGGAUCCAGGUUGAUCUGGAGAAGACAAAGCGCCUCACAGGCAUCAUCACUCAGGGGGCCAAAGACUUCGGGGUGGUGCAGUUUGUGUCCGUGUUUAAAGUUGCUUACAGUAACGAUGGAGAGACGUGGAGUAUGGUGAAGGAGGAGAACACUGGCAAUGAUAAGCUUUUCCAAGGCAACGUGGACAACAACACCCACAAGAAGAAUGUAUUCGAGCCUCCAUUCUACGCCCAAUACGUCCGAGUCGUCCCCUGGGAGUGGCAUGAGCGCAUCACUCUACGCAUGGAGCUGCUGGGCUGCGAUGACUAAUAAACUCAUCACUCACUCAUCUAACAGUGCUCCAUCCUCAUCUGAUCGCUCCAUCUCCCCAAACCGCAGCAGAGCAACGGAUCUGGAACAGAAUCAUCUGUUCUGCACAUCUGUUUGUUCCUCUGGAUGAAGAUCCUGUCGGCUGCUUGGACUGUAACACUUGUAGCACUUUCUGACUUUUUUAUGUUUAUGUUAAUAACAUUGUUUUACAUUGCUCAUAAAGAAUCUUCUAUGAAGUAUCAAUGAUUUGAAUUUUAACAGCUUCGGAUAUAAACAAAAGUUGUUUAGAUUUGCUUUUAGCCCGUAUUAUAGUCCAUAUUUGCUCCGUCUAAGAAUUCAAAUUAAAGUCUGGACACUUGAUAACAGUGCUCUUCGCCUCCUCCAGUUGUGCUCAAGCUAAAUUGCAGGUAUACAACUUUUUCAGUCCUUUCUUUGCAAUCCCACACAGGUCAACAGCCCUGCUAUUUUUUGUGGUUUUAACAGUCUGCAGACGACAGAUGACAAACACCCAACUGUUACUGGAGCAAAAACUAGCAUUACGACGCAGGGCCUGCGCAAUAUUUAGCAUGUUUUGACAUCUAAAACUAUCCUGGAAGAGAUAAUAAGUAGCUUUAAACUGCAGCACACUGAUCUGUUAAAUGAUGGACUUACAAACUGUAGAGCUUAUUGCACGAAGAGAUUCAUGUGACAUUGGAUGUUUACACAUUUUAGCAGUUUCUUCCACGUCAUCCUUACAGUUAAUUUAAUUGUAAUUUAAUCCUUUUUACAACAAAUGUGAAAAGAAAGAUGUGU